AAAUUCUAAUCCGGUGAACGCUAGAAGAUUUCAUCUCUCAUAUUUUAAUCUUAAAGAAAACAGUAAAAAAAAAGGAUUACCAUUUUUGUCAGACACGCAUGCUACUCUUUACUGUAUCAGAUUUCCGUGAUACCAUUUUAAUUAAUAUGUUUGUUUGAGCUUUUUGUCUUUGACACACAUGGCGCUGCAUCAGAUAUCAAACAUCCCGUAGUGAGUGCCACCCUACGGCGACCUCAGAUUCCCUCUGUCUCCCCUGUCUUUGCCUUUGACGGUCCUCAUCUCCUUCCCGCUCUGUGUAUAAAGCAUGCCACGGCCCCACGCAGAGCUACGGACGUGUCAUACCCCACGUACUCCGGCUGCCCCCUCGGCCAACCCAAAAGAAGUUAACCUGGCCAUACUCAUUUUUAGAAUGCUGCUUCCCUGUCCGUGGCAGGCGAUGGCCGUAGCAAAAUCAUGAGGCUGGAGGCUGGAGGCCGCAGGACGCCUUCUCCACGUGAUCCCCGGUACGUUAAUUGCCCUCGCAGGGCUCCACUUUGUGCAAGACGGAACAACAAACAAGCACAAGAAGAAGCCAGAAGCUUGCUUACUAUUACGCCUCUCUCUCUCUCUCUCUCUCUCUAUAUAUAUAUAUAUAUAUAUAUAUAUAUAUCAAAGCCAAUCUCUGUGUGUGUUGCCAUGAGUGGAGUAGUCUCCUCUCCGAUGACCUCUUCCUCCUCCUCGUCUAUGGCGCCGUCUCAGACCCCAGGGAAGGCGAUGGAGGAGGUGGAGGUGUGGAAGGACAUCAGCCUCAGCAGCCUCAACCAAGACAUGCCCUCCACGCCUCCCCUCUCGCUCCACUACCAUCACGACUCCAAUCCCACGUCCACCUCCACCUACGUCGCCGGCGUCACCCUGCAGGACUUCCUCUCCGGGGCCUUCAGGGUGGCGGAUCCGAUCCCUCCCACAUGCUGCGUUCGCCGCCCCGCCACCCUCAGCCUCGGGUCCGGCCAGUUCCUCGACUGCCUCAGCCCAAAUUCCAACUGCAGCAACAGCGACGGCUCCUUCUCCAGCUGCUCCGCUGGGUUCGCGAUGAUCAGGAACGGGGCCUUCGAGAACGGCGACGGCACCGUCGUCGACGGGCGGAAGAAGCGAAUGAUCAAGAACCGGGAGUCGGCUGCUCGGUCCAGAGCCAGGAAACAGGCUUAUACGAGCGAGCUGGAGACGGCAGUAGAGCAUCUUUUGGAAGAGAACAGGAAGCUAAAGCUCAUGUACGAGGAGUUGCUUAAGCAGACGAUGGUGGCUCAGCCACCUGCCGCCAAGAAGCGGAAGCUCCAAAGAACCUCAACUGCUCCGUUUUGAGGAAAGAGGGGAGCCUAGGAGCUUCAACCUCAGCGGCUGCGGCAGAUGCAACCCUCUCUCGCUCUCUUCUUACAGGACAGUGAGUUGAGCUUGUCACAGGUUUUGCUUCUGCAAGGCAUGGCAAGCUCCUUGCAGAGGAACAAGACAGUCCUAAGCUGCUGCAUCUAAUCCUACAAAAUAAACAAGUCUCUCUCUCUCUCUCUCUCUCCCUCUCGGUGUACACAUAUGGACCUAUCUUCUCUCAUAUGGUCUUCUGCGACAUGGAUGCUUCGUGUUUGUUCUUUUGACAGCAGGUAGCGCUUGACGCUAGUUGAGUUUCUUGCA